AUGAUGAAUAUCGCCAACUCUCAGUUUCAUUAUUCACAGGUAGGCGGCGUCACCAAGAAAAAGAGAAACAGACAUGCCUGUGAUCCGUGUCGAAAGAAACGGGCAAAAUGCGAUGGAAACUCUCCGUGCCAUGCCUGUCUCGCUGGGUCGACAACUUGCACUUAUACAACUCCUAAGAAGCGUGGUGUGCCUACGGGAUUUCUUCAGAAACUCGAAACUUCCAACGAGAAACUCGUUUGUCUGGUGUCGUUGUUGAUAGAUGAACUCGAUAACGGAUAUGAAAUCGUCUGUUCAGCAGCAUCAAAAGUAAUACGAGAACCAGCUACAGAAUCACGAGACCGCUACUCACGGUCAAGAGCUCAUAUCCUGGCCAUGCUGGAAGUCGACGAUUUCGAGGAAAUGCCGUCGCGAACUGGCACUAAUAAAGCUAGGACGUUGUCUCAGUCACAAUCGCAGUCGCAAUUGCAGCUCCAGUCGAAUACAUCUCAACUGUCAACUCAUUCUCAAACCAAUCGAAUCAAUAAUGCAUCUACUAAUAACGACAGUCACACUCAUCAUAAUUUAUCAAGUUUAUCCAAUUUAUCAAACCCGGUGUCUCUGGAUUUGUCCAGCUCGGGAACGACAAAACCGACAUCUGGUUAUUCACCUACUAAUCUACCCAGUUCAGUAGAGUUCGCACCAAUACCACCUCUUUCUAAUCAUAUGCCAGCACCAUCAGGUCCAAUUCCUAUUCUGUCAAAUUCAAUACAAGAUAGAACCACCCCGAUCUCUCAAUCAGCGUCGGGUUCACGGUCACCAGCCAUCUCACUUCCUAUCUCGAGCUCGACAUCGAUUCCUAGUAGCCAUACUGCUAGUAGUAUACAGAGUAGUGGUGGUGUUCAUGGAAGUGUUCAUGGCAGUGUUCAGAGUAAUCCCGCUCUUCAUACACCGCCACGAAUACCCAACCAUGUUAAACAAGAAGAAACAUAUAACGAAGAACCUGAGGAAGACGACGGUGAACAUGCUGCAUCUGGGAACAGCGAAGUGCGAUAUCUCGGCCCCAGUAGUGGUUUUGAUGAGUCGUUUUAUGCUAGCUUUGAACGGUUGCGUCUGACUCAGGCCAAGUUCGAUGUUUCGGCUUGGAAAUCUAUUAUAUCUUCAUACAGUGCUAUGGACCUUCUUGAUAGUUAUUUCGCAUAUGUACAUCACUUUUUACCCAUGGUCGAUAAAGGCAAGCUUGUUCAACAGCUAUCAUCGUUCGACGCUACAAUCAAGAACGGAUCCAACUGUCUGUUGUGGUCAGCAAUAAUGAUGGGGUUAAAUUACACCCAAGUAGGAAGUGCCCAAGAAGACUCUUACAGAUCUAGAAUCAUGCACGAUCUAACCAUAUGUACUUUGGAUUGUAAAUAUUCCCUUGAGAGUGUGCAAGCACUGCUCAUCCAAGGAUUCUAUUUCUACGGCAAGGGCCACUGGUCCAACAGUUAUCUGAUUAUCGGAAAUUCGGUUCGAAUGGCCAAUAUUCUCGGUUUACCUUUGAAAGAGGAUGAUGUAUAUUCACGGAGGACCUGGAAAUGUUGCUUUAUUAUCGACUCGUUAAUAGCAGGAAGACUCGGUCGUGAGCCCCAACUCAGAACUGCUAACUAUAUAGACAAGCCUGAAGAGAUCACCAGUGAAGAGUGGGAGCUGUGGAAAGAGCCACGCAGCGACUGGAAUUCUGAAGGAGCUGCCUCGCUGGGUCCUCACAACGGUGGUGUUGGUGGUCCUAGUGAUCAUCUCGGUGGUAUUCCUGCUAAUAUUUCUGGUGGUCUUCCUGGUGGUGUUCCUGGCGGUCUUCCUGGUGGUCUUCCUGGUGGUCUUCCUGGUGGUCUUCCUGGUGGUCUUCCUGGUGGUCUUCCUGGUGGUCUUCCUGGUGGUCUUCCUGGUGGUCUUCCUGGUGGUCUUCCUGGUACUCUCCCUGGUGGUAUUCCCGGUACUAUUCCCAGUACCAUUCCCGGUGGACAUCCCGGGCUUCUUGGAAUCCCUAAUCAUCUCGCCGCAGACAGUCGUGGAAUUCCUGGCGGAACACCCGAUGGCAUACCCAACUUUUCGGGAAGUCCAAAUCACACCGAGCCAGCUAGAACGCUGAGUGUCUUCAACUGCUUUUACGACAUUGCCAAACUAGCGAACUGGCUCAUCACCGAAACCAACUCUCCACACUACGGCAAAAAGACCCCCGACGAGCGAAAGAAGCUGUUGGAAGACAUUUCACAGGAGCUAGACAACUGGGUCAAGAACCUGCCUGCACACUGUAGCUAUGUUAACUACACGGACCCUGCCACGUCGUCAAGCGCACACCUUCUUCCUCAUAAAGCCAAUCUGCUUUUAUGUUUCACUGCAUUCAGUGCCAACAUUCAUUUCAUGGACCACUUUGAAACCCUGCGAGAACGACGUAAUAUUCUCGCGCCAGAAAUCGUGGUCAACGUCGCUCUCAACGUGUGUUCCUGCUUCUACAGGAGAUUCUCCGGCCGCAAAACACUUCCUGCGUUUGAAUAUUUCAUCAGUCUGUGCUUAACACUGUUCCUCAAAACAGUAGUUCAGGACGAAAUGCUCACAUUGCGAGAAAUGACCGACCGCCAGGAGUUCACCAUGCUCCUAAACUACCUCGAAGAACUAUCACCGACGUGGAAGGCCGCCAAAAUGAGCGUGCGAUAUUUCCGGCGAAUGAAGAAAAAGAGCGCCAUCGGCCAAGGCCUGGACAGCACUUUCGAAGAAAGCCCCGACUCCACCACCAUGUCGGUCUUCCUCGACACACCCUUCGACACCACUAACUUCGUGGAUAUGGACUCGUUCGAGCUGCUGCAGCAGACUCUCAUGGUAAGUAUUCGCGUGGUGGGGUGUGCCUCCGGGGGCUGGGGCUCCGCCCCAGACCCUGGUUGCUCCUCUCGCUUCGCUCGAGUCGUUACGUCGACGGUCCUGGCGAUCUCCUGCGAAGCAGGAGCAACCAGGGUCUGGGGCGGAGCCCCAGCCGCCGGAGGCAGGCCCCCCAUCAAAGAAGUGUUUACUAACAGUGCAGCCGCUGGGGUUCCAGUAUUCUAA